GGUUCAUAUAUUGGAAUAGUCAUUUUGUUCUUUAUUAGAUUUAAAUUUUUUAUAUUUUUUUUAUUGUCAGGGUGAUGGAGACAAGUCUAUGAUCUAAGUCCAGGUAGAAGUGAAUGUCCACACACUUCCUGAUCUUUUUUGCCUUGACUGAGGUGUAAUUUUUUUUCCCAUUAAACAAAUGAAAAAAGUAUUUAAAUUUUUUUUUUUUACUUGAAUCCACUCUAGAUUUCUUUGCUUUGAAAAAUGUCUUGCACCUACUGUAAUAAAACCCAAAUCUGCUACCUAAUGUCACGAAGCAAGUGAAGGUAUCAUGCCACACGGGGAAAAAAAACACUUCAGUGAACUAAUUUAGAAAUUGUUUUUCAAAGAAUACACAAACAAGUUGCUUGGGUGUUGGGUGGGAGAUGUCCCCUUUUCCUGCUAACCAUGUGCCUCUUUAAACCUCGUCUGCACGGAGAAGGUAAUUGAUUUCUCGCAAAACUCAUCAGUACGAGUCAGAAGUCUCUCAUGUGCUCGGGACUGGUCACAAGGGCUCAGUCACACACUCGUGCAUACACUGAUUUUAAUCAUCAGUCACGAGCAGCUAUACAAGAACUACAUCUAAAUAUCCUCCUUUCUUAGAUUCCUGCUUUCUGUGUGACAAUAUCUCUUUAGUGUGAUUUCAUGUAAAAAUGGUGACAUCUGCUGUAAACAACCAUAUUGUUUAAAGAACAGCCUAUUUGUAUGCAGUUGGCACUUGUUUCCCAGCAGAGGUCCCUCUGUGUGCUGAGGGGUUCAGGUGUGUGUUUGUCCCUGCUGACUGAGAGACAUGAGCAGACAAGUUCAGUCACCCAUCAACACGCCGCAGACCCGCACUCAGGAGACGAUCUUGGAACAGUAGCAGCACCGUAAUGUUGCUCAAAGACUGUACAAGUUACCACACGCUGUUGCCAAUUAACUCCUGGCCUGUGGCAGCUGACACAUGCACACACACACACACACUCACACACACGCAAAUGAAUAAACUGAUUUGUAUUCACGGGAGGGAAUUGAAAGAAACUCAGUGAAAUGAUUUUGUUUUUUUGAGAUUAUUUGACAUUGAUGUAUUCACAUAUGUUUGGUGGUCCAGGUUCCAGUUUGUGCUGUUGGAGGGAGACAAAACCAGAGAAAACACCUUGCGAUUGUAUUGUUUCAAACCAUUAAUGCGGUCAUAAUGCUUUGGUAUUUUCUAAAAUGAACAAAACCCUUUUUGUCUUUGUUUCACACGAAAUAAAGACUAUUUUGCCCUCAGUCAGUCACUUUUAAUCCACGGCCCUCUUCAUUUUUGCACUGUUGAAUCGGUUCUCAGGUUACCUCGCACAGCACAUCUCCCUUGAGGGCAAAUAAGACACCUGUCACACUUGUGCUGUUCUCUUUGCCGUCCGCCACAGGGAUAGCUCUCCCGACUCCUUUCUGCAUCUGCGUACCAUGGAAAUCUACCAUCUUUUGUUUAAAUUAUGUGCCUUUUUUUACUUUUACGGAUCUGUUUCAGCAGAGUCCACUUGCAAGCUGAAGGCCAAGUUCAACCUGAGUGGGUACAAGAAUGUAGACAAGAAGAAGGUUGUUAUCGGGGGGAUGUUUCCUGUUCACAUGCGUAUCGCUUCAAAUGAUGGCAACACUUCAAGGCUGCCUGUCUCCUCAGGUUGUGAGGGAUUUAACUUCCGUACCUUCCGCUGGACCCAGACCAUGCUGUUUGCCAUCGACGAAAUUAACCGAAGAAAAGACCUGCUGCCCAACACUGACCUGGGCUACGUCAUCUACGACUCCUGCUUCACCAUCUCCAAGGCUGUAGAGGGCACCCUCACCUACCUCACGGGCCAAGACGAGGCCGUACCCAACUAUCGCUGUGGGACUGGACCGCCUCUGGCUGCACUGGUGGGCGCUGGAGGCUCUGAUCUGUCUAUUGCCACCGCUAGGAUACUUGGACUCUAUCACUUCCCUCAGGUUAGCUAUUCUUCAUCUUGUUCCGCUCUGGAAAGUAAGUUCCAGUUUCCCACCUUCCUGAGGACCAUUCCCAAUGACAAGCACCAGUCCACAGCUAUGGCCCAGCUGGUAUUGCACUUUGGCUGGACUUGGGUGGGCACCAUAGCUGCUGAUGAUGAUUAUGGCAAGUAUGGUAUCAAAGACUUUAAGGAGCAGGUGGAGGAGGCUGGUGUCUGCAUCUCCUUCUCUGAGACCCUGCCCAAGGUAAAUUCCCCAGAGGACAUCCAACGUAUUGUUCAAACUGUGGUUGAGGCCACGGCCAAAAUCAUCGUAGUCUUCUCAUCAGAUGUGGACCUCAGUCCGCUGAUCAUUGAGCUUAUCCGGCACAACGUGACCAAUCGCACCUGGAUCGCCUCCGAGGCCUGGGUCACCUCCGCUCUUGUCUUGCAGCCUGGGGUGAGCUCGUUGCUGGGUGGUACCUUGGGCUUUGGGGUAAAAAGGGCUGCCAUCCCUGAUCUUCAGCGCCAUCUGUUGGAUCUGGACCCCUAUAGUGACUCGCUCACUGAGGAAUUCUGGGAGACGUUGUUUAACUGCACGUUGGACUAUAGUAAAGCUCUGAAGCAGACCGCACAGAGGGCCAUGGGGGUUAACGGCACACUGACCAGAACAGUGACGGGGGUCCCUGAAGGGCUGUGUACAGGGCAGGAGUCUCUGGCACGGCUCAAUAACACCUACUCUGAUGUUUCCCAGUUGCGAAUCACUUACAGUGUGUACAAAGCUGUGUACGCUGUGGCUUAUGCCCUGCACAACCUGGAGUACUGUGAAGAGGGACGGGGGCCGUUCAACGGGAAGGACUGUGCUGACAUCACUAACUUUGAGCCAUGGCAGCUGAUGUACUACUUGAAGAACGUGCAUUUCAAAGUGCCACACACGGGUGAAGAGAUCUACUUUGAUGAAGGGGAUGUCGAAGGCUUCUAUGAAAUUAUUAACUGGCAGUUCAACAGUAACGGCGAGUUAUCCUACAUCCCUGUGGGAAGCUACAACGGCUCAGCAGCCCCAGAGGCCAGGAUGGUCAUACUGAAUGACUCCAUUUUGUGGAACAAUGACAUGUUGGAGCCUCCUCGGUCAGUGUGCAGUGAGAAUUGUCAACCAGGCACCAGGAAGGGAAUCCGCCAGGGAGAGCCAGUCUGCUGCUUUGACUGUAUCCCAUGUGCCGACGGAGAAAUCAGCAACACAACCGAUGCUCGCGAAUGUAUCCUGUGCAGUGACGAUGACUGGUCCAAUGAUGCUCACGAUGCCUGCGUGCCAAAAAUCAUUGAGUUUUUGGCCUUUGGAGAGCCACUGGGGAUCACUCUCAUCGUCAUCUCAGCAUUUGGAGCUCUGGUCACCAUCGCUGUCGGGGUGGUGUUUAUUUUGAACAUCAACACCCCUCUGGUGAAAGCCAAUGAUGCUCUGUUGAGCUUCUCGCUGCUCUUCUCACUGGUGGUGACCUUCCUCUGCUCCAUCGUCUUCCUCGGAGAGCCCCAGGAUUGGAGCUGCAUGACCAGCCAAGUAGCUCUGGCCUUGGGCUUUGCUCUCUGUCUUUCCUCUAUCAUGGGUAAGUCAGCUGUGUUGAUGCUGAGAGCUCAGGCUCUGAAAGCAGCUCGUGCCAGAAGCAAAGCAGCUGCCAAAGCUGCAAAGGCUGCAGCUGAAGCAGCAGCAAACAGCGGCAGUCCUGAUGUCAUUGUAACCAAUACAAAUAACAAUAAUGAUGUCAAUGCUGGUCCAAAUCCUGAAGUUGACACUCUCACCUGUGCCCACCAGAGGGCGAUAGCUGCUGCGACAACAUUAAUUCAGGCUAUAGCGUGCACAGUGUGGCUCAUCAUCCUCCCUCCCCAUGCCAUUAAAAACACCUCUGCCCAGAAUAUAAAGAUCAUCCUCGAAUGUGAUGAAGGCUCUGUGGUCUUCAUCUGUUGCAUCUUUGCUUAUGACAUCCUGCUGGCCCUGAUAGCCUUCAUCUUUGCCUUCAUCGCUCGCAAACUGGAGGACCACGUCAGUGAGGGGAAGUGUAUGACCUUCGGCAUGCUGGUCUUCUUCAUCGUAUGGAUCUCCUUUGUCCCGGCUUACCUCAGCACACGUGGCAAGUUCAUGGUUGCUGUCCAGAUUUUUGCCAUCCUGGCUUCCAGCUUUGGCCUGCUGACCUGCAUCUUCCUUCCCAAAUGUUACAUUCUCCUGCUCAAACCUGAACGCAACACAGAGGAGAUGAUGAGGCCCCGUUCCAAACCACGUGACGGGACCUCAACUGGGACCUCAGCCUCACUUGCUACAGCUGCUACUGAUGUCAACGCUACAACGGUAUCCACUGCUAUUGAUGAUUAGUGGAGCCAUACUGAGAACUAUACUGAGCGGCAAAACUGAAAUUGUAAACUAUAAUAUAUAAUAUGUAGAUGGCAGACGUGCCUCUUGUUCGUGGGAAAACUGGCCUGGCUGAUUAGGGUUCCUAGUCUUGUUGUUCACUUACAUUUUACAGUCAUCAUGUUUGAUCUGUUACUAACAGACAAAAUCUAUUAUUUACAAAAUAUGACUAAGUGUCUGUCAAGCCCAAGUCAAGUGUACCUUCACAGGCCUUAGAGAUGGUUGAUUUCCACAUUAAAUAUCCACGAGGAAAGAAAACUGCUACCUCAACAAUUACCAAACAUCUCAAAAAUGCAACAAAGGUUUCUGCUAAAACUAUUUUAGUAAGUUAAUGCUUUCAAAGUUACAAAGCUGCUGUAGUGGUGGAAUUCAAAUUAAAUGAAUGCAGCUUUUACCUCAGAUAUUAUACUGCUGUAUGUCUAGUUGCAAAUCAGUUUCAAACAUAUCUGACAGCUUUUCAAAUUACAUGCAUUUGGCUUAUAUGGUUCCUAUCAAAAUAUUUGUACAAGAUGUUUAAACUGCAAGUUCUUUUCUCAUAAUAACCUGCAAAUGUAAUAAAUAAUUGUAGAACUCUGUUGACAUAAUACAUUUCCUAACAAUAUAAUAAAACUUAUUUUC